GAUUUAAAAAUUUCUUCAUCGUCUUCCAUUGUAAUCAAUUAGAAAUUCAUUUUUGGAAAUCAUGCAUCAUUCGAAUCACCUGCUGCUCGAGGAGCCUAUCCGCAUGGCCACCAUUCUGGAGCCAUCCAAAGCGAGUUUCUUCCCUGCAAUGGCGAAGAUCGUCGGGACGUUGGGAUCGCGCUCUCGAUCCGUCGAUCUUAUUUCUGAUUGUCUUAAAGCCGGAUUGACUGUGGGGAGAUUUGAUUUUUCGUUGGGUGAUGCCGAGUAUCAUCAGGGAACUCUGGAAAAUUUGAAGACUGCGAUUAAGAGCACUAAGAAGCUCUGUGCUGUUAUGCUAGACACAGUGGGACCUGAGUUACAAGUGGUUAAUAAAGCUGAAAAGGCUAUAACACUUAAGGCUGAUGAAAAUGUUACUCUAACACCCGAUAGAGGUCAAGGAGCUUCGAAUGGAAUUUUGCCUAUCAACUUUGCUGGACUCGCCAAGGCUGUGAAGAAGGGCGACACCAUUUUUAUUGGCCAAUACUUAUUUACAGGAAGUGAAACCACUUCAGUGUGGCUUGAGGUAAAUAAAGUAAAAGGCAAUGAUGUGGUUUGCGUAGUCAAGAAUGCUGCAACAUUGGCUGGAUCGUUAUUUACAUUGCACGCUUCUCAAAUCCGUAUCGAACUCCCUACUCUGUCUGAUAAGGACAAACAGAUUAUCAGCACUUGGGGUGUUCAAAACAAAAUUGAUUUUCUAUCAUUAUCUUACACCCGCCAUGCAGAGGAUGUUCGUGAGGCACGUAAUUUUCUCUCCAAGCAUGCUGAUCUAAGUCAGACACAAAUUUUUGCUAAGAUUGAGAAUGUAGAGGGUUUAACCCAUUUUGAUGAGAUUUUAAAGGAAGCUGAUGGCAUCAUUCUUUCGCGUGGAAAUCUUGGUGUAGAUCUUCCACCUGAAAAGGUGUUCUUGUUUCAGAAAUCUGCUGUUUACAAGUGUAACAUGGCUGGAAAGCCGGCAGUCGUAACUCGUGUAGUUGAUAGCAUGACCGACAAUCUUAGGCCUACCCGUGCUGAGGCAACUGAUGUUGCAAAUGCUGUUUUGGAUGGGUGUGAUGCAAUUCUUCUUGGAGCUGAGACCUUACGUGGACUAUACCCGGUUGAAACAAUUUCUACGGUGGGAAAAAUUUGUGCUGAGGCUGAGAAGGUUUUCAACCAAGACCAAUACUUCAAGAGGACUGUAAAAUAUGUUGGCGAGCCCAUGAGUCACUUGGAAUCUAUUGCAUCUUCAGCGGUUCGAGCUGCCCUUAAAGUGAAGGCAUCUGUUAUUAUAUGUUUUACCUCAUCUGGAAAGGCUGCUAGGCUGAUUGCAAAGUAUAGGCCAACGAUGCCUGUUUUAUCAGUUGUCAUUCCCAGGCUCAAGACGAAUCAGUUAAAGUGGAAUUUUAGUGGUGCAUUUGAGGCAAGGCAAUCACUUAUAGUACGAGGGCUCUUCCCCCUGCUUGCCGAUCCUCGCCAUCCUGCGGAGUCUACAAACGCAACUAAUGAAUCAGUUCUCAAGGUAGCUCUUGAUCAUGGAAAAGCCUCAGGAGUGAUCAAGUCACACGAUCGAGUUGUGGUCUGCCAGAAGGUUGGAGAUGCAUCAGUGGUAAAGAUAAUUGAACUUGAAGAUUAAACAUGCCACCGCCUCCGAUUUGCCACUAACUCGUUGCUGAAUUUUGCAAUGGCCACAUCGUAUAGUCGAUCAUAUACGUGUGCUGGCAAACGGAGAAAUAAGCCCUUUUGGUUUCCUUGUUGCUAAUUUAGGAUGAAAUGCGGCACAAAUUGGUAACAAGUGGGAGUGUAAAACUGGAAACGAUUCUCCAGGCACAACUCUGGUAUCUUAUCUCUUUACUCAAUGCAAUAAUUGCUGCAGAUUAGAACGAAAUCUAAACCUCUAGAAUUUUGCUAGUAUUUGUCAAGUUUUCUUAAUGGUUGAGAAAUCACUAUUAGGUGAGGAAAAGGAAGGGACCUUUUUGCAGCUAAAAUGA